GAGGGCAGGGGAUUCGCCACUAGCACCACCGCCUCCAGAGUUUCCCUUGUGGAUGCACAGUCCCAGUGACUCCGCUCCUCCCGGCGCAGAGGAGCCCCAAGAGGCCGGAGGAGCGCACUCGGGACGGGAUUUCCGAGGAAGGGCGCCCCACCCGCUCUGGAGGGGUUCCGUGAACGAUGAAGGGCCGGCGGCGGCGGCGGCGCCGAGAGCACUGCAAGUUCGCGCUGCUGCUGGCGCUGUACACGCUGGUGCUGUUGCUCGUCCCCUCUGUCCUGGACGGCGGCCGCGACGGGGACAAGGGCGCUGGGCACUGCGCGGGCCUGCAGCGCAGCCUGGGAGUGUGGAGCCUGGAGGCGGCGGCGGCGGGCGAGCGCGAGCAGGGCGCGGAGGCGCGGCCCGCCGCGGAGGAGGACGCGGGUCGGUCCCCCAGGUCCCGGGGCAACCUCAACGGCGCCGUCGGGGAGGCGGCGUCUCGCGAAAAGCAGCACAUCUAUGUGCACGCCACCUGGCGCACGGGAUCGUCGUUCCUGGGCGAGCUCUUUAACCAGCACCCGGACGUUUUCUACUUGUACGAGCCCAUGUGGCAUCUGUGGCAGGCGCUGUAUCCGGGCGACGCCGAGAGCCUGCAGGGCGCGCUGCGCGACAUGCUGCGCUCGCUCUUCCGCUGCGACUUCUCGGUGCUGCAGCUGUACGCGCCGCCGGGAGAUUCCGCCGCGCGCGCCCCGGACGCGGCCAAUCUCACCACGGCCGCCCUUUUUCGCUGGCGGACCAACAAGGUCAUCUGCUCGCCGCCGCUGUGCCCCGGCGCGCCCCGGGCCCGCGCCGAGGUCGGCCUCGUCGAGGACGCCGCCUGCGAGCGCAGCUGCCCACCCGUGGCUCUCCGAGCCCUGGAGGCCGAGUGCCGCAAGUAUCCAGUGGUGGUCAUCAAGGACGUGCGCCUCCUCGACCUCGGCGUGCUGGUGCCUCUGCUGCGCGACCCCGGCCUCAACCUGAAGGUGGUGCAGCUUUUCCGCGACCCGCGGGCCGUGCACAACUCGCGCCUCAAGUCUCGGCAGGGGCUGCUGCGCGAGAGCAUCCAAGUGCUGCGCACCCGCCAGAGGGGCGACCGCUUCCACCGCGUGCUGCUGGCGCACGGCAUGGGCGCUCGACCCGGGGGCCCGUCCCGCGCACUGCCCGCCGCCCCGCGCGCUGACUUCUUCCUAACCGGCGCGCUCGAGGUGAUCUGCGAAGCCUGGCUGCGCGACCUGCUGUUCGCGCGCGGCGCGCCAGCCUGGCUACGGCGCCGCUACCUGAGGCUGCGCUACGAGGACCUGGUGCGGCAGCCGCGCGCCCAGCUGCGCCGCCUGCAGCGCUUCGCCGGGCUGCGCGCGCUCGCCGCGCUCGACGCCUUCGCGCUCAACAUGACGCGCGGCGAGGCCUACGGCGCGGACCGGCCCUUCCACCUGUCGGCGCGCGAUGCCCGCGAGGCCGUGCACGCCUGGCGGGAGCGCCUGAGCCGAGAGCAGGUGCGCCAGGUGGAGGCCGCAUGCGCCCCAGCCAUGCGCCUGCUGGCUUACCCUCGCAGUUGGGAAGAUGGCAAUGCUGAGCCGUCCGAGGACGAGGAGACGCCUCCGGAGACGGAGGCCGAUGGCGCCACGUAGCCCCGCCCCCGCGCCCCCGGGACGGAUCCGGGUCAGUCACCACGAACCAGGGCACUCAGCACGUUGCCCCAGCAUUGGGGAAGCCACGCUGUGGAGGCAGUCUAUCACACUGUCAGAGACUGAGGCUUGACUUGGUACCAACUGCUGUGCUAUUCUGCGGAGCAGGAAUAUCAUGAGCUGUUAAAUAAUGACUGACACAUUGGUUGAAAUGAAGUUUCCAGUAAGGAAGUGACAGUGCAAUGUGGAUAAUUAUGGUAAUAAAAUAGGAAGAGCUUUAGUUCCCAGCCUGACCCUGCCUCUGCUGGAGCCAUGUCAACAAGGCGUUCUCAGAACAAAGAAGAGACAUGAUUUGGUACCAUUUCCCAUCAGCAGGUGUCUGGACAAAACAUCAAUGUGAAUAGGUUCAAGUGCAGUCCUGUGUAUCUUGAUUAAAUUACUUAAUAUUAAAUAAAAGGUCUGGGUGGUAUUUUUAAAUAUCUGACAUCCAGCUCUAAUUCAAAUAGCUCCUCACCCCGACCCUUGAAUGGAGUUUUAAAAAGUAAUUUCUCUCCCUGGGGUGGGAGAACCCUAAUGAACUGAAAGAAAUUUUUGGUUUAAAAUUGUUCUAUCUGAUGUUUUUGUAAAUUAUAUUAUUAAAUGACUCUGGAGUCACUGUUAAUGACAA